UGUUAUUAGCAGAUUUGAAUUCCACUUUGAAGCAUCGAUACCAUGGACGAAUAUGGUGAAUUCUUGCUGGAAUACAGCGAAGACAGCACUUCGGAAGCAGACGUCGAAUUAGAGAACCAAUAUUAUUUAGCCAAAACUGUCAAAGAGGAUGACAUCGGAAACUGCGUGUCGGCUUUUCACAAGGUUUUGGAACUCGAAGGAGAUUGUAAAGGCGAAUGGGGUUUUAAGGCUUUGAAACAGUUAGUCAAAAUUAACUUCAAGUUAGGAAACUACGAAGAGACUUUGAAAAAAUACCGUCAGCUGUUUGGAUACAUUAACAGCGCGGUAACGAAAAAUUACGGCGAAAAAUCAAUAAACUCGAUUUUGGAUUACACUUCGUCGUUGAAAGAUGGCGCUGUUCUACAGCAAUUUUACGAGACUACUUUGGAUGCGCUAAAGAAUUCGAAGAACGACCGACUUUGGUUUAAAACCAACCUGAAGCUGGGAAAGCUGCUUUUGGAAGGGAAGGAAUAUUUCAAAACGGCUGGCAUUAUUAAGGAGUUGAAAAAUAGUUUUCAGUACGACGAAGAGAUUGAUGCAGACACACACAAAGGUACUCAAAUGUUGGAGAUCUACGCUUUGGAGAUUCAAAUGUACACCGAGCAAAAGAAUGACAAGAAGUUAAAGGAAUUGUACCAAAAAUCGCUCAGGAUCAAAUCCGCUGUACCUCAUCCGUUGAUAAUGAGCAUUAUUAGGGAAUGCGGUGGUAAAAUGCACCUGAGGUGCGGCGAAUACGCUAAGGCCUACGCAGAUUUUUUCGAAGCCUUUAAGAACUACGACGAGGCAGGCAACCCGCGACGCACCAAUUGUCUAAAAUACUUGAUCCUGAACAGCAUGCUGAUGGACAGCGACAUUAACCCUUUCGACUCGCAGGAAGCGAAGCCGUACGCCAAUGACACGGACGUAAGAGCGCUAACGCAGCUUAUUUUCGCCUUUCAGAACAACAACAACGACGAGUUUGUGGACAUAUUUGAGAGAAACAGGGAAUCGCUAAUGGCGGACCCUUUCGUCGGGGAACACUUGGAGGAGCUCCUCAAGCGGGUGCGCGGAAGCGCAGUCCUGCGUCUGAUAGCCCCCUACAAAAACAUCAAGAUUAAGUUUAUCAGCCAGAAAUUGGGCAUCGACGAGGCUCACGUAGAGAACCUGAUCAUCUCGUACAUACUCGACGGUUGGGUCAACGGGAAAAUCGACCAGGUCAACGGAGUGCUCAGCAUCGAGCAGGAACAUAAUGUCGGAAAGUGUCUCGCGAUGAAGAAGUGGUCCGAUGGCUUGGAGGGGCUUUUUGCCAACAUUAACUUGGAAGAUUAAUAACAUGACGAAGAACUAUUUAAUGUUACACAUUCAAAGUUUAUUUCAUUUCGAAGUUUAAAGGUAUUAAAUUGCAUUAAAUAAGUAAUGAACAAUUCUUUUUUUUAUAAAUAAAAAUUAAUAAGA